AUGAGGAAGCGCGAUAUUCACACUAUGCUUCGUCAAUGCUUACCUCGUGUUAGACCAGCAUCUCGUCUGUUCUCCACUGCUUCCAUCUUGAGACAACAAACCCCAAAGCAAUUCAAGACUGCCACAUCCAUUGCUGAGGUGGAAGGCCUUGAGAACCUGGUUGGUCCUGGUGCCAAGACAGGAACAGUUCCCACCGAUUUGGAACAAGCUACUGGUUUAGAAAGAUACGAAUUGCUAGGUAAACUGGAAGGUAUCGAAGUUUUCGACGAAACACCUUUGGAAGCUGUCAGAAAGGGUACCAUGAAGGACCCAAUCUUGAUCGACUCCUAUGAUGACUACCGCUAUGUUGGUUGCACUGGUGUCCCAGCCGAUUCUCAUAACAUCGAAUGGUUGAAGCCCACCACUGAGAAGAAUGCAAGAUGUUGGGAGUGCGGUUCCGUCUACAAGCUUAACUUUUUGGGAUCCGGAAAACCACACCAUCAUUAG